UAUCUUCUACUGCUAUGCUUAUUUAUAUUAGAUGUUAGCUAGGCCUUCAGGAAUAUCUCAAAUUCUCCAAAGGCCAAGAUGAGCCAAGUUUCCAUGUUUAGUAGUGGCCAAGAAUUUGCAAAUUUGUUGGUGAGCUCAGAUCUACUUCAUCAUUCUUGGUUUACAAUCUCUGACCUUAGGAAUCAUCCUUAUUUGAAUAAUCCAAUUUUGGUUAAAGUUUACCCAUAUCAUUCAAAUGGUGCUAUUGUUGCUUUUGUAUCCUCUCCUACUUGUACUCUUCAGAAAGAAAUGGUCUCUUCAGAAGAUCUGGAAGGUUCUCAAUCUCCUUUUCAGUUCAUUUCUACCAAACGCAACCCUCAUUUCUCAGUUAACAAAGCAGCUAUAACCCUUUUUGCUUCAUUACUGAAUGAGCUCUCUGCCCUCAAAGAACAGUUGGGCAAUGUCAGUCCUCUAAUAAUCACUGGAGUUUCUUUGGGAGGUUCUGUGGCAUCUCUUUUCACUCUCUGGCUACUUAAGGACAAUAAUAAGCGUCCUACUUGCAUCACUUUUGGUUCACCUCUUCUUGGUGAUAGUGGCCUGCAACGAGCCAUAUCAGAACGUCCAUCAUGGAAUUCAAGCUUCUUGCACGUAGUCUCGAACCAUGAUCCAAUCCCAAGAUCUUUAAUUUCACCUACUAAUGUCUUUGCUGGUUCUAUUCCUCAAUCUUGUAUUUACAAUCCAUUCGGUAUGUUUCUGCUGUGCUCAGAUUCAGACUGCUCCUGUUUUGAGGAACCUGAAUCAGUUUUGGAUAUUAUGAUGGAAAUGAACUUAAAUAGCCAACACCAGGACAGUCGUUUCUUGGCUUUCGACUAUGAGCAGGUUUUGGAACGCCUCAAGGAUAGAGUAAUCUUUAAGGGAGCUUCUCAGCUGUUUCACUCUAGCGUGGAUCAACUUCAAGCAGGUAUUGAUCUACAGCUAGAAGCAAUCGGAAUUGGUGGACAGCAGACAAGUAACAUGAACCCUCUAAGGACUAAAGUGAAGAAAAGAGUGGAAGAAUCUUUUGCAAAGAAGAGGAAUGCCUUUGAUCCUGGCAAGAAGCUAAACAAAAUGAAAGAAUCUAUGGCAUGGCUAGAGUGGUACAAGAAAGUAACACUGAAAGAAGGAGGCUACUAUGAUAGUUUUAAACGCAGUGAGAAUCGAGGCAGGGAUGCUGUCAAAAGCAGACAAGAAAUUGUCAAGCACCAAAGAGUCCUCACUAAGUACUGGAAAACAAUUGUUGAAGAAGUAGAGAAUAUGCCACAAAGAGAGGAGACAACUUUUCGUACUCGUUGGCUGUAUGCAGGGACAAACUAUAGAAGGAUGGUCGAGCCACUCGACAUAGCUGAAUACUAUAUGAAAUCAGGGAACACAGACUAUGUAAAUCUUGGUAGAUCUGAGCACUAUAAAAAGUUGGAGGAAUGGAGGAAAGAAGACAACCCACCUGGAAGUGGUAACGAUAGAAGGAAGUCCGUUAGCCUCACCGAAGAUUCUUGCUUUUGGGCAUAUGUGGAGGAAGCUAUUAUAAAUUCCAAAAGACUGAGAGAAGGCAUUCUAGAAGAGAAGGAAAAUGCAACGGAGCAUUUGGUUAAUUUUGGGGAAAAUGUAAUGAAAAUGAUAUGGAGCUAUUCAGUAUCCUCUGAGAUUUUCCAGCCUCAGAGUAGCUUCAUGAAGUGGUGGAAAGAUUAUAGGCAAGAUAUUCUAAGUUGUUUGAGUAAUUUGCCUUUGGCCUUUUACAUGGAAAAUGGAAAUUAUCAAGAGUUAUGCUUAGAAUGGUAAUUAGUGUUAACUACUCCAGUCUCCACCAGCGGCUCAUGUAGUGGUCGGCCUUAUAAAAAUCGCUAAGCCUGGCUUCCCUCUCCCCUUUACUUACUAAGUGGAAAAUAGUCGUCGGCAUUCUAUAAGCGACUCUACGCCAGUUGCAUAACUUAAUAAGAUUGGUAUGUGAAAAUGUAUUGUAUUACCAUUUACCAAAUAGGUCUGUGCACACUCCCUGUAACAUUCUUGUUUAGUUAAUGAAGUUUUAUCUUUAGUACCCAAAAAAAGAAGAAAAUUUUAUGGAUUUUACUU